AUGGACCCUAUCAAAGCGAAUCAAAUGGUUGUAAAUAUUGGGUCUAUCGAAUUGGAGCACAAUAUUCCUAAAAACGCUGGCUCGAACCCAGAUGAAUGGACGGCUAAACAAUCACAAGAAUAUCAUCGAAGAGAAGGUGAGAAGGAAUCGAUUCGACUUAUGGAUGCAAAGAUUGAGGCAGAGUUUGAAAAAGUCAAAAAACUUCAACUAAAUAGACAUUUUGAAGUCACCAGAAUUAACACAAGAAGAAGUAUAUACGAUGAAAAAAUUGAGAAGGCAGCCGAAAGAAAAAGAAUCUCCAAAGCGAUUAGAAAACGCAAACGUGAAGAAGAGGAUCAAAAGGCAGCGGAUCUGGAUAUUCCGAAAAGAAUAAAACUGGAAGAUGUUAAAUAA